AUCGCAACUCGUAACAGUUCAAGACAUCACCAGCAGAUCGACCAUUAUCAGAGCGUAAACCACUAAACCAGAAACCAGUCGACGACAAUGGAGUACCAGGGGCAGCACGGGCACGAGACCAACAAGGUGGAGGAGUACGGCCAGCCGGUGGCCGGGCACGGAGGCGUCACCGGCGGACCCACGGGAACACACGGCGCCGCCGCUGCUGCGGGUACCGGCGGCGGGCAGCAGCUCCAGCCGAUGAAGGACGACCACAAGACCGACGGCGUGCUGCGCCGCUCCGGCAGCUCCAGCUCCAGCUCGUCUGAGGACGACGGCGAGGGCGGGAGGAGGAAGAAGGGGAUGAAGGAGAAGAUCAAGGAGAAGCUCCCCGGAGGAGGCCACAAGGACACCGCCGAGCAGCAGCAGACAGUGGCGACCACCGGCGCACACGGCAGUGGCACCGGUGCGGAGGCCACCGGUGAGAAGAAGGGCAUCAUGGAGAAGAUCAAGGAGAAGCUUCCUGGCGGGCAGCACCCAGUUCACCUGCACUUUCUCUGCAUCGCAACUCGCAACAGUUCAAGACAUCACCAGCAGAUCGGUCAUUAUCAUAGUGUAAGCCAAUCGACGACAAUGGAGUACCAGGGGCAGCACGGGCACGAGACCAACAAGGUGGAGGAGUACGGCCAGCCGGUGGCCGGGCACGGCGGCGUCACCGGCGGACCCACGGGAACACACGGCGCCGCCGCUGCUGCGGGUACCGGCGGCAGGCAGCAGCUCCAGCCGAUGAAGGACGACCACAAGACCGACGGCGUGCUGCGCCGCUCCGGCAGCUCCAGCUCCAGCUCGUCUGAGGACGACGGCGAGGGCGGGAGGAGGAAGAAGGGGAUGAAGGAGAAGAUCAAGGAGAAGCUCCCCGGAGGAGGCCACAAGGACACCGCCGCCGAGCAGCAGCAGACGGCGGCGACCACCGGCGCACACGGCACUGGUGUGGAGGCCACCGGUGAGAAGAAGGGCGUCAUGGAGAAGAUCAAGGAGAAGCUUCCCGGCGGGCAGCACUGAGCUGCUAUCUCUGUUCCAGCCUUGUUUGCACUGCAUCAUGCUCGAGAGCAUGCAUGCUGCAUGGACCGAGUGAUGGGCUGUAGAAUAAAUUGUCUCGCGAUGAGACGACGUGUGGACGGCGUGUUCGUGACACCGACAUGAUCGGUGAUGUUGGUGUGAGCGUUAUGCAUGUGUAACCGAUGUGUAUGUAUGUAUAUGUCCUCCAUCGAAAUAAAAUAUAUAUUCGUGUUGUA